AUGGACAGGAAGAUCGUCAAUUCCACCUUGUCACUUUGGUCUUCCAUAACACUGCAGCUUGCCUCAACAACUGAAUCCGAUUACCGGUUCAUUUACGAGGAAGAUAUCGUCUUGUUGAUGUAUCCUAGUCGGUGGCGUAGUGUUUCCUUUGCUACCUUUCAUAACCGUGUAGGCAAGGACGUGUUCGGCGCUCUCAAAGAUGGACCUGAACCUAGUUAUCUCAAAGUCGCAUCUCCCAGACACUUGAUCUUACGGCCUGAAAAGGCAGAGUCGGUGUUGCCUCUUGGCCGCAAUCUGCAAUAA